AUCUAGGAUGACAUUGGCUACAAUAUUUACUAUGCAGAGCCCCUUUCUCCUCAGCUUCCUUUACAAAAAAAAAGUCUCUGAUGAGCUGUGCGUGACCACUACAUGAUGUUGUCAUGAUGAACAAAAACUAGUCAGUCAGAAAGAGCUGCGAAGAUGGUGUACGUCUUGAGAUACUGUUUUCUUUUGAUCAAUGUUUGUAUAAGAAGCAUGUCAUCAUGGGCAACCACAGUGGAGAUAGAUUUUGAUAUUGUAAUCAAAUCUUCUGGGCAUAAUGUCACCAUCGAGUGUGCUACUGAUAAACUACCUCAAGAUGGAGUGUACAUGUAUAAACAAGAAGGAGCAAGUAAAGCGCAGGAAUUAUUCUACUUUUACAAAGGAAUCAAUCUUACCUAUAAAAAGGCAAACGAAUUCAAAGUCAGUGUCAUUGGACCAUUUCCCAACCUUAUUGUCACCCUCUUAAAUGUAACUGUCGAAGACACUGGGCUUUACUGGUGUAAAUUUAAUUUGGAAGACAAACCAACUGUUGGCAAGUUCACCUGGUUAUGGAUAGAAAAGGAAAAGGAAAAGGAAAAAGAAAAAGGAAAGGAAAAAGGAAAAGAAAAAGACUGCCCAGAAGAUGAAGAUCAUCUGAAGAUCUUCAUUUUGUGUGCUGUCAUGCUACUGUGCAUCACUGGUGGUAUCUGCUGUUUGAUUCUUAAGAAGAAGGGCUGUUGGAGGAACAAGAAAUACAAACCAUCAAAUCCACCAUCAGAGUCAGUUUAUGAAGAGAUGAAACGGAGCAAUUUGAACGCCCAGCCCUGUUCUCGGACAUUCAUCAACCCGGACUAUCAAUCUUCCAAGCAACUUAAAUAAAUACUUUAGGCUUUAGUUUGUUUUACUGUCUAUUUGCAUUGAAAAAGCUUCCAAAUGAUUUGUCUUAAUAUUUGAAUUCUCAUGUACCUUGUAUGUCAUUAUUUUCAUUUAAUGUGAAUAUCAAGUAAUUCACUUUAAAAUGCUGUAGAACAGGGAGAAUUAAAAAUAGUUCAAGUGUUAAGAAUAAAAAAAAAAAGAUGCAGCAGUUGAAGAAAGAAAUGUCAAAGA